AUGGGUGCAUGGAAACGCCUUGAAGUUUCGACGAGCAACCCAGUACGAUCAUCCGAUGUGCGGAAACUGCGCCAGGAGCUUCUGCUCCAAGAAGCGCACUGGAUAACGGAAGAGGAGGUCGACCAAAUCCUACCGCACUCAAAGUCUAAAAACAUCAUUCUGGUCAAGUGUUCGACGCCCAAGGCAAGCGUCUACGUCGUGGAGCAGGAUCCGGUGCUGUUUCAACCUGCGCGCUCAUCGCUCUACUACCCAACGGUAUACACGCUGUGGAAGGUGCGGCGCUGGCCCGCACUCGAGACCAUCUCUCAAGUUAGCAAGUUUCUCCUGGGCGGUGCCGAUCUGAUGCUUCCUGGCGUUUUUCGUGAUGACCCAGCGCUAACCUGGCGUGCCACCCAAGUAAUCGCGGUACGCGUGCGGGGCAACCCGUGUGCGCUCGCCGUUGGGACGACACUGAUCGGCUCGGAUAGCGCGGACAAGAACACCAAAGGAAAAGUGCUUGCAGUAGAGCACUUUUUUGGCGAUGCGCUCUGGGAGUACGGUUCGAAAGCAGUCCCGAAUCGUGGCUUUAUCUUGGGUGAGGUCGUUGAGGCAGUGCCUGGCGACGACGACGACGACGACGACAACGACCGCAAUGCCGGCGGCGAGGAAGCGGGCCUGGAGACGUCCACCAUGAAAGCGGGUGAGGCGCCGCCUCCGUCCAGGAACGAUAACGCCGCCACAACGAGUGCCUCAUCCACGGUGGAUGCAAACCAUGCUAUCGAUGAAGUGGCGCAAGACCUUGAAGCGCAGCACAUUAUCGACACAGCUGAGACGGAGAACGAACGCGCUCUCGAUGUAGAACCGGAUCAGUUGUUGAUCCAGAGCUUUUUGCAAGCGCUGAAAAUUCACCCCAGUCUCGCGCUACCCAUUGACGCGAGCAAGUUUUACACUGAGUUCGUGGUGCCAAGUCGCCCGGCAGGCACUGCCCUAGAUCUGAAAGCGACCUCAUAUAAGAAGCUAGGAGCAUUUCUCAAAGCGAUGGUGAAGCGGAAGCUGAUCAAAACGAAGGAACAGCGCGGUGCCAUCCUCAUUGUUGAGGUUGAUCGCAACCACGAACUUUUGCAGUCGUUCGAGUCCCAUAAUAGCGCGGCGUUUAGCGCAUCGGAAACACGGGAAUCGCAGUCACUGGCUGAAACGGAACGAGUCAUUCACGUCGAGGAAUGGUUCAAAGCGAAACCCCACCAGAGAGCAUUCCUCGAGGCACUCGCUGCUGGGAUGCCCUCGGUGAUGGACGCUGUCGCUGACACCAGCCAGGGCGCUGAGUUUUUCCAAAGCGACCAGUUGUUCAAGCUGCUUGAACACUACGUACGUGCUCAUGGACUCGAGCGCCCCAGGAACAUCGUCGAGAUGAAUGAGGAUCUCUGCUCGUUUCUGCAAUGCGCACCGACCGGUUCACCGCGGCAACUGCCCUUCCGUGAACUUUUCGAUCGAAUGCUGGAAAGCAUGGAGAUCUGGCACCGUAUCGGUCGUGAUGGCAAACUGCAACGCGGACGUGUGAAACCAAUACAAGUUAUCGUCGAGGAUCGCCAGGGAGGUCGCAAGCAUAUCACCCGUAUUCAGCGCAUGCGCGUGUACGGUAUUGACGACCAGCAGUUUGCCGCCGAUGCCCAGCGGCGUUUUGCCGCAGCAGCAACCGUGUCGGAAAUCGCAGGAAGCGCCAAGAAAGGCGGGAUCCCUGACACCGAAGUCACCUUGCAGGGCUCUUUCGCGGAUGAGGUUGUGGAGUUGCUCACGGGUACGUACCAUGUUCCCGCGCAUCUCGCCGAGAUCGUGGAUAAACGAAAGAAGCGCGGCAAGUAA